AUGAGGCUCUAUGAGGGACGAACCAGAUCCUUCCAGGCUCCAGUCACUGUUCAUAAUUAUCCGAGCAGCCACGUUUAUGUGUUUAGAAAUGGCCGAUCAGAUCAAGAUGAGUCAUCGGAGGAGGAAUCUGAAUUCAUGGAAUUACGUCCAAGGGGCAAGGAGCAGCAGAGAAGCAGUUCUUCCCAAGAGAGAGCUGGGGAUGUGGUGCUACUGGAACGAGAGCUCACCGAGGGCGAUAACCUUAACAAGCUAGCGCUGCAGUAUGGGUGUAAAGUUGCAGAUAUCAAACGUGUCAACAACUUCAUGUGUGAGCAGGACUUGUACGCUCUGAAGUCUAUCAAGAUUCCAGUCAAGGCCCAUGGGGUGUUAACGGAGACCAGCAAAGAGUUAAAACCUCCUCAGAAUGCACCUUCCUGGGCUGGAAUGACACUGAUUGAACUACCGGAGCCUGAUGAUGGAGCCACCACCAGCAGCAGCUCUGGUGAAAGCAGAUACCUGACUGACUACUUUAAGGGGAUUGACCAGACCAUUGAGGAUGUAGUGCAAUCCAAAAUCAAUUUAAAUGCAGAUUACUGCGUAGAAGCACCAAACUGCCCCCCAUCCAGUUCAGUGGGACAAAAGGAGCCCAGUAAUGGUGCAGACUGUGGAAUCCAGUGGUGGAAUGCAGUUUUUAUCAUGCUUCUGAUAGGAAUAGUCUUGCCAGUAUUUUAUAUUGUCUAUUUUAAAACACAACAGACUGGGGCGGCAGCCCAUAACUCAAACACAACCUUUGCCUCGAAUAGCUCAGCUCAUGAAUUGAGGGGGGAAUUGUCACACCACCUACCAGUCGUAGAAACCCCCAAAGCGAAGAUACAGCCCAGUACUGCCUCUCCGCCCAACACUGAUACCCAUAAACCAGUAACUCUGACCCUACUGGAUUCAGGUGGCUAACUUUUUUUUAAGUGAUCUUGACUGAACACAGGGUGAUGUGUUUUCUCUGAAUGAAUAAAGACGUUUUGUAGCUUAUCAUGUCCAACAGACAUUUGGCUCUGCGUUUAUCAACCCUUCCAAGGGAAAGUAGUUUGCCCCAAUUUACUCUUAUUUGUUUCAGGCACCUCUCAAGAGUAGCUUUGUCUAAAAAUCUGAACUAGGCAGACAUCAGAGUGUAUGGGUUAUUGAUUGGAAUGAUGCAAUCUAUUAGCACAUGAGAAGACACAUUUUGCAUGAACUGAGCAUUUUUUCCCCCACAACAACUUAAAACAACAUUUUUCAUUCUCUAGCAGAACCAAGUGGGUCCCGCAUGUUUAACCCUACGUGUGUCUUUCUAGCUUGAUAGACUAGCUCUGGUACAUGGCACUGUUAAAACUAAGCAGGAAACUGGAUACUCUUAUCAAUGACAGUAUUAAGCUAAAUUGAGCUAGGAUGACAGAGGGUCUUAGCCUGCUGUGAGCGCCAUGGAGGCAAGGAUCUGCCUGUGCAAGGAGGCCCUGUGACUUCAUUUGGGUUCCAUGCAGGUACCCAGAGCUCUCUGCAGGAACCGGCCCUUAGGUCAGUUAUUCCUCAGUAACAUCCUUUGCUCAACAGUGGUAGCAAAAGUUCUGUUCAGCUGCAGAGUCCAGCCUGCCAGCAACCUGCAGUGGCCGACUCGGCCUAAAGGCAUCUUGAGCAUAGCGUCACUAGUCAGCUCACUGUGCAAAGACAAAGGGAUUGCCAUCUCCAGCACUGUGUUUCAGUCUAAACGGUGUCCUUGCUCUUAGGAGCUUAAGGUAGAUGGAUUAAUGAGGAGUUUUCCAUUUUGUAUAGUAAUAAAAAGGGGAAACCACCCCCAGCUGUUUUAGGAGUUCAGGAGAAGCAUAACUUGUACCAACCUCGUGUAGGCUAAUUUUAGGGCCUGUAUAGUCAGUCAGCCAUGUUUCUGAUCACCCAUCUCCAUGCAGAGGUAAGGUCUCGUGCAUGAAUCCACAUGGUUGUGACAGAGCCUAAGCCGUUCUUGGUGCAUUCUGGUCUGUUGAACAGAGGCCCACAGGUUUCGGGUAUAUUUUGCAAAGAUUUGUUUACAGUAAAUGCUGAAUGUGUGGAAAGGUUCCUUACAGUAUAUGCGAUAAAUGUGGAUGAAGGCUAAGCUUUGGGUUGUUUGAAUCUGCAGUAAAAACCUCUGACUUGGUGUAGCCAUUUUAAAAAUAAAUUCAGAACCGUUUCUCAUGGCUAACCACUGCUAUAGACAUUGACAUUUUGAAGUUGUAGAAUUGAAAAUACUUUAGGAAACAUUGUGCAUAACGUAAGCAAAAUCCCCAUAACAUAUUGCCUAAAUCUAAGCUAACUUUCAGCACAGAGCAAAGUUUAAGGAAGUUGGACUUUCCCCAGGCCUAGAUACUGACAUCCGAAGAAGUGCAAUUAUAAUGCAUGUGUUUACCAGCUGGAUUGUCUUAAAGUCUACUAGCUGAAAUUAUGGUAUGAAAAGCACAAGGGUGCUGAAUGCAGAAGGUAGCUGGGUUCCACCCCCAACCCCCACCUAACUGAAAGAUGGUUAUAGAAUUAGUACUGUUGUAACAGGGUACAAAUCACAGAUUAAUAAGCUUUUGUGGGCUAUAGCCCACUUCAUCGGACGCAUAGAAUCCAGUCUAUGCAUCCAAUGAAGUGGGCUAUAGCCCACGAAAGCUUAUGCUCAAAUAAAUGUUAGACUCUAAGGUGCCACAAGUACUCCUGUUCUUUUUGUGGAUACAGACUAACAUGGCUGCUGCUCUGAAACAGAUUAAAAAAAUAGUCAUUAGAAAAUACAUAAAGGUUUAAAGCAAACUACAGAGAGAGGUUUUUUCCUCUCUCUUUCAAACACUCAGAUACCAGAGUCAAUAGUUUUAGAUGUAGUUAAUAACACAAAAUUAAUUAAGUAGAUAAAAGGAGGAAAUAGACUGAAAAAUAACUUUUGAAAUGAUUUGUCGAAUUAAGGAAUUGCCUUCUAUUGUCUUGUCACUAGAGGGCACUGUUGUCACAUAAAUACACAAGUCAAUGAGGCAAAAUGAAGGAAAUUCAGAUCUUAGUACUAGCUAUGUCUGUCCCAAAUUAAAAUAAGUGCUGAUGAAUAGUCUUAUCUAAGGUUCUGAGAUGGGUGUUGAAGUUAAGAGCUAGAAGUUCUGUCUUUAAGAUCAAUUAUGUCAGUAAUAAAGUCUUGCUGGCCUAAGGCAAAUGCAUGGACAGCAUUUGUGUUUAUAAUGACUCAAAUGAAAAAUGUAUCUGAAAAACUAGCUUCUUGCUGCAAAGGUAUCUGGGUACAAUGAGUAAAGUAAACAGACUCUUCUUGUGUUAAGUCACGGUACUGAUAAACAAAUAGUCUUCCUGCAGCAAGUAGGAAGCUCUUGUCAUGCUUCAAGGGAGCUUGAGGGAACAUAAUUUUUUUAAAGAAAUAACCUAAAGCAUCUGCUUUCUUAAAGCCAGCUGUAUCCAUUUUAAAAUAAUAUUAUAAUAAUAUUUUUCUUCUGUGAAGGAAAACUGGUCCCUUCUGUAGGUUAAUGUUACAUUUUUAAAUGAAGAAAAAUUCAAUAAAAGCACAAUAGGAGCUA